GUCAUGACAUCUUUUAUUUAUUUUCUUCUAUCACUUCCACUCCCCUGACCACCCCGCACCGUUCCCACCAUCCACGAUGACGACCAAAUUAUUCGAGAAAACUGGCAAGAACCUGUUUGCGAAGCACCUGGAGCAGUACGCGCCUGUGGACCCCCUGUACGAACAUUACACGGACGGCCAGGGCAAGCAGCGCAGGAAAAAGCGCGAGCUACCCCUAGGCCUAUCAAAACGCGACAUGAAGAUUCUACGAUCCGUAAAGCACCGUGCGCAUUACCUCGACAAGGGCUUCUCUAUCUGCGGUUUCAGGUUUGGGUGGACUUUUUUCAUCGGAAUUAUUCCAGGUGCUGGUGACGCGGCCAACGUAGCUCUGAACUAUCUCCUCGUCGUACGGAAAGCGCGCCAAGCAGAAAUACCCGGUUGGUUGCUGCGACGCAUGCUGAUGAAUAACGCCGUCAGUGCCGCCGUCGGUUUCGUUCCUAUCGUCGGCGAUGUCGUUGUCGCCAUGUGGAAAGCCAAUUCACGAAACGCGGCUCUCUUGGAAGAGUUCCUGCGCGUCCGGGGAGACGAGUUCUUGAAGAUGCAGGCGGAGGCUCAAGCAGCAGCCAAAGAAGGCUCAGUCACGCUGAAGAAGGAGGUCAAGAAGUCUGAUUCUGCACAGGUCAAGCCUGGCGCAGGCAGGGCUGACGGGGAGGCGAUAACCACAGGUGGGAGCACCACUCCAUUGGCUCUGGACCCCGGUAAGGCUGGUGGGGAGUCCCCAGGUCUUCCGAGCGCCGGAUCGUCAGGGAACGAUACUACGGUUAGUGCUAUGAGCACCGGAAGAAGGAGCUUCAAGUCUUGGAUGAAGCGGAAGGCACCUGCGGCUGGAGAGAGAGGCCGCUUCGUGGAGAACGUCGACAGCACGUUCAACGCGUCGGAAGGGAGCAAGAUACCGAAGAACUGACUUUGGAUUCUCAUACCCUUGAUUUAUUCCUACAUCUCAGGGACAUUUGAUGGGUGUCUACAUGCAUGCAUACACGCUGAUACCCCCAUCUCUUAUGCUACUUCAUCAUACACGCGAAACCAUGACAUUCACGACAGAUAUCCCUUAUGUACCUUUAUAUCGGACGGAAAGCUACAGUAUAGUAAUUUAAUUAUCGUGUACCUUUAUCUUAUGCUAUACUACAUCGAGUCAUGAAAGAGGACACUCCGUCGGAACAAAGAAUAUUACAGAAGAAGAUACAGACCAGAUUUUCUUUAUUUAAAUUCCAU